AUGGUGAACCUGAGGAACGUGGUGCACCAGUUCCUUGUGCACCUAAUUGGCCUAUUGGUUUGGCAAUAUGAUAUUUCAGUGAGCCCGGUUUCAGCUCUAGUAACUGACAUGUUUAAUACCUCCUAUGGUGGACGCUUGAAAUUUCCAGACGGGGUACAAAACUGGCCAGCACUUCCAAUCGUCAUAAUAAUAGUCAUGACAAUAGGUGGCAAUAUCCUUGUCAUCAUGGCAGUAAGCAUGGAGAAGAAACUGCACAAUGCCACCAAUUACUUCUUAAUGUCCCUUGCCAUUGCUGAUAUGCUGGUGGGACUACUUGUCAUGCCACCCUCUCUGCUUGCAAUUCUUUAUGAUUAUGUCUGGCCACUACCAAGGUAUUUGUGCCCCGUCUGGAUUGCAUUAGACGUAUUGUUUUCUACGGCGUCCAUCAUGCACCUCUGCGCUAUCUCGCUGGAUCGGUAUGUAGCAAUACGUAAUCCUAUUGAGCAUAGCCGUUUCAAUUCUCGGACUAAGGCCAUCAUGAAGAUUGCUAUAGUUUGGGCAAUUUCAAUAGGUGUUUCAGUUCCUAUCCCAGUGAUUGGACUGAGGGAUGAAAGCAAGGUGUUCAUGAACAACACUACAUGCGUGCUGAACGACCCAAACUUCGUUCUCAUUGGGUCCUUCGUAGCUUUCUUCAUACCGUUGACGAUCAUGGUAAUCACCUACUGCUUAACGAUGUACGUCCUCCGAAGACAAGCUCUGAUGUUACUGCGCGGCCACACCGAGGAGCCAUUUGAACUGGGCCUAAACUUCAAUUUCUUCAAGUGCUGCAAGAAGAAUACCGAGGAUGUUCAGAACGCCGCUGACCCGAAUCAAGAGUCGAACCCGCAGCGCCCCAAGAAGAAGAAAGAACGCCGUCCUAGAGGCACCAUGCAGGCUAUCAACAAUGAAAAGAAAGCCUCAAAAGUCCUUGGGAUUGUUUUCUUUGUCUUUCUGAUCAUGUGGUGCCCGUUUUUCAUUACCAAUAUCUUGUCGGUUCUUUGUGGGAAGACCUGUAACCAAAAGCUCAUGGAAAAGCUUCUGAAUGUUUUUGUUUGGAUUGGCUAUGUUUGCUCCGGAAUUAAUCCUCUGGUGUACACUCUCUUCAACAAAAUUUACCGCAGGGCUUUCUCCAAUUAUUUGCGUUGCAGGUAUAAGCCAGAAAAAAAGCCCCCAGUCCGACAGAUUCCCAGAGUUGCCGCCACUGCUUUGUCUGGAAGGGAGCUUAAUGUUAACAUCUACCGGCAUACCAAUGAACCAGUGAUUAAGAAAGCCAAUGAGGAUGAGCCUGGUAUAGAGAUGCAAGUGGAGAGCUUGGAGCUCCCAGUAAAUCCCUCCAAUGUAGUUAGUGAGAGGAUUAGCAGUGUGUAA